AGCAGCCAUCUUUGGACCAGCUGAGCCACUUGUGACCCUCCUCCUCCCUAGCACCUCGCUCGCUCCUCCCCAGAAAAUGACUCCAUAGUGGCACUCGUUGGGCUCGUACUCGUUCUUGCAUGCAGAUGCAAAAAAAUCCUGUGAACUGGGCAUAAAGCUAGGGGAGUUUAGAAGCAUUGGCGGCGGCUAUCAUCGCGAUUGUGACCAUAGCCGAUGACGACAGAUAAUUAUGGGACCUGUCAAUCUAUAAAAGCUGAGCUGUUGUCCCCCCUGCAUUUUUAUUAAGUUACUGUGAGGCGUGAACGACUGGAUGUGUAACAGGACCACCAGUGGAUGACAAAAUGAAGAAGCUGUUUCAGAGGAUAGAUCAGUCUAACAAGGACCAGAGUCACACCAGUUUCCUGGGCAAGGUGUUUGUGGUGGGUCGUCACACUGUCACCGUCGAGGAGGUCAUUGCCGAGGGAGGAUUUGCCUUGGUCUUCUUGGUUAAAGGUAGUGGAGGUGUUCGAUAUGCUCUGAAGCGCUUAUAUGUCAACAAUGAGCAUGACUUGGAGGUGGCCCGCAAUGAGAUCAAUAUUGCUAAAAUGCUCCAUGGCCCAAGAACGGUGGUGGGAUACGUCGACUCUGGCGUCACACACAUUGGAGGUGGUGUCUACGAAGUUCUUCUCCUCAUGACGUACUGCAGGAAACACCUUCUGCACCUAAUGAAUGAAAUGAUUCACACAGGCUUAAAUGAAGCUGAGGUCCUUAAAAUUUUCUGUGAUGUGUGUGAUGCAGUGUCAAGACUUCAUCAUGUCAACCCUCCCAUCAUUCAUCGAGAUUUAAAGGUAGAAAAUAUCCUCAUCAGUAGUGAAGGUAGCUAUGUUUUGUGCGACUUUGGUUCUGCUACGGCACGGGUGUUGUGUGGGACAACUGACGGUAUAUCUAAGGUGGAAGAGGAAAUUCAGCGCUAUACUACUUUAGCUUACCGUGCUCCAGAAAUGAUCGACUUGUACCUUGGCCGACCAAUUACCACGAAAUCAGAUAUAUGGGCCUUGGGGUGUAUGCUCUACAAGCUCUGUUUCUUUACUUUACCAUUUGCGGAGAGUCCAUUGGCAAUUUCUUCUGGGAACUUCACUAUUCCGGAUAAUGCAAGUGCAAGAUUCUCCAUAUAUUUACAAUCCCUCAUACGUUAUAUGUUGGACCCAGACCCGGACACCCGGCCAGACAUUCACCAGGUUGCCAGCUUGACCUUCAAGUUGGCUGGAAGAGAAUGUCCCAUCAGAAAUGUCAAUAAUGUGCCUGUGCCAACUCUGGACCAACUGUGUCAGAUUGUAAGAGAGAGAGAACAACAGUCAUCAGUCAAGAUGAACCGUGUGGCCACAGGGCCAGUGAUAGAGAGUACAUCAGUUGCUCCUCGGCAGAGACCCAAGGCUUCCUCCCUUACUGCUGCUGGCAGUACUCUUCCACUAGGGUUGCCGCUCCAGAACACACAAGCUUUGAAAAGAAAUCUUGCUACAUCAGUAGGUGAAAGUGGUAGCACUCAACAACAGCCUCCACUACCACAGCACCAGUUAACACAGCAGCAGCAACAACCUCAACAACAACUUCAGCAACACAGUCAAGCACAGCAGCAGCAACAGUCUCAGCCAGUUGUUGAGCUGAGCCCCACCACUGCCUUCCCACCUGCUGCUUUAUUUGGGUCAGACACUUUUCCUGCACAGCAGUCAUUCCCUCCUAGUCAGUUUGGGUCAUCAGCAGGAGGUGGAAACACGGCAUCAGGCUCGGGCACCAGUCAUGCUUCUGGUCUGAAUGCUCAGCCGGGCUCAGGAUCAAUGGAAGCAUUUUUCCCAUCCUCAGGUAUAUCAAAUGUCAAAAGUCGAGAGAGCUUGGUGAUGUCAACUGAAGACGACCCAUUUGGUGCUGCCCCAUUUAGUGCUCCUGGCUCACGUCGACCAAAAAACUCUUCCAAAGGCGGAAGUGAAUUACAGAUGAACAGCACUGAGGAUGCUGUUGCUUCCCCAAUUGAUGCAACAACUGGUGGAGACUCUUCAAGAGCUGUGCUUUUAGUUCCAUGUGAGCGGCAGAGACAUUCCAGUGCAUCAUCUCAAGGAUCCCAGGAUUCUCAAGAUGCAACAGUUGAGCAGACAGCGAUUGGCCCUUCCUCAUCACACUUCACACGGCCUCCUCUUGAAGACAGAUCUAAAUAUGAAAAAUUUCAAAAUGCCCGUGAUGAGGAAAGUGAAGAUGAGGGUCUCAUUGAAGUUUUGACUCAUGCUAAGGAACUUCAGCAGACACAACUGCCAGUAAAAGAAUCAAUAGAAACCAAAAACAAGAGGCAUCAUCGGGAGAGAAAAAACCGUGGGAGGAGUAAACCUGGAGAAAGUGAAUCAUCUUCCGGAGCCACAAAAGAUGGUAAACCUGAUGGUGUAUUCAUUUGUAGUGUGUCUGACGAUGACUCUAUAGGCUCAGCUAGUGAUCUAAAGGCUAGGAUUAAUGAUGAAUAUGAUUAUGAUAAUUGUGACCGUGGCGAUAUCUCAGAAACUAUAAGUUCAUCUGUAUAUCACGCUGAGUGUGAAAGUGUCACGACUCAUGAGGAUGAUCCAAGGAUAGCAGAGAGUUGUGAUCCUUCCCAGUUAAUACGACGUGGACCAAAGCCAAGUAGAGCAGCUGUGCGGGCCCGUGCUCGUGCUCUCCAAGAACAAGAAAACAGAAAGUGUGCUCAGGAUAGACUAUUAGGACAUGAGUAUGGAGAAAAACCUCUUCUUCAAGAUGAUGAACUUGAUUCAGGUGAAGAAGAAAGCAAACUGUCUGAUGAUCAUGAGGACCAACACAUAGAACAACAACCAAUUCAGCAGCCAGAUCAAUUGCCCAUCCUCUCCAACAUAUUCCAUGUUCCACGACCAUUCAGGAAAACUUCCAUGGAUGAUUCUCAGAGACAAAGGGAAUAUAUUGGAGAUGAAGAUGUGUUUGCCUUAGCUCCUUUUAAAACCUCUCUUAAAAAACUAAACAAAAAAGUUUUUCAGAGUCGUAGUCAGCCAUCAAGCAACACUGUUUCCCCAUUAGAAUCCUCCAGCCAGCCAAUUAUAACUCCACCCAUGGCAAACAGUUCGCCAGCCCCAUUUCACUUAGGUAGCCCAGAAGUACUGGAGCAAGUUAUUGAACCUGUUAGGUUACCUGUUCAAGCUGACAUCAUUUAUGAAGAGUCUCCAAGUGAAGAGUAUCCUAUAUAUGAAAAUGUUGUACUAAAUCCAAGUGGUAGUAACAUAGAAAAUGGUACAACAACCCCUAGAUACCAUCACUAUGAGAAUGUUCCUGGACCUUUCCACAUACCUAGAGUUGUUGAAUCUUCAAUUGUUAAUCCUGUUCCAACAAAAAAUCCAUUUGUAAAUCCUUUUGCCAAUGAGAGUCCAGUAGCAGUAGCAGGAACUCAUAAACCUCCAAUGCAUAUAUCAAACCAAUCUGGAUUGUCAUCAACUGUAGCAGAACAAACAUUAUCCAGUGCCCCUCAUAACAUUUCUCAACAGCCCAGUCAAACUGUAAUGUCACAAAGCUUAGAUUCUCUUACUCCUAGUUCAACUGUAGGCUCUGUCAAUUCCCCAUCUUUCCAGGGUACAGAUCUUUUUGGAUCGACACCCUUCAAUGAUGUCGCAAUAUCAACAACUCCAUCCAAUGAUGCCAAAGAAUUUUCAGCUCUUGGUCAGGAAGUCUUAAAUGGUGUUUCACAAUUUACCAAUUCAACUAAAUCACAAUAUUUUACCCCACCAUCAGAUGUUACCUCACACACCCCUAUUCAUACUUCCACACCACGUGCCACUAAGAUCCAUCCUGCCUCUCGAAAGAAAGAGUCAAAUUCAGGUGACCUUGAUGAUGCUGAUUUAUUUGGUGCUGUACCUUUCAAACCAAUAAUUGGACAUCAGCAACGAAAAAGUCAAACAGCAGGUGGAAAAAGCCAGACAUUACCAGCUAACAUGAGCUCUGUUCUUCAAGCACAGAUGGCUCAGAUGGCACAUGAUGAUGGUCACGUAGAAAAGUUCUUUGGGGAUUUCAAAAUCUCCAAGACACUUAGGAAAUCAACGCCGCCCAGUUUCCGCAAACCCAGGACUACACACCAAAAACUCUCAGAUUCUGACACCUCUAGUGAUGAUGGAACUGGACUGCCCUGUAGAAAACCUAGACAUAGAGAUCGAAGUAAAGAUAGAUUAAAAUAUAAAAAUAUAAGUGAGGAAUUUGAGGAAGAGAAUAUGAUGGUGCUACCAAUGAAACAAUUUGGACAUUCUAAAAAAGAAAAAAUAAGCAAAAAAAGUAAAAAACAUGAGAAAAUGGAGAAGAAAAUUGAUAAGCCAGAGAAGAAGCCUGAGAAAAGCAUCAGUAAUGAGUGUUCUGGGAUUUCUAACAUGAGCUUUGAAGACUUUACUCUGGAGGAGAACCGUCGGGAGGCAGACAGGAAUCGUCAAAAGUUAGAAAGGAGCCGACAAGAAGCUGAAAGGGGAGAUUCUCUUCAGAGUCCAGAAGAAGAUGACUCAGAUUUAAGAACAACUGGAGGAACAAGAUUUGGCUCAUUAAAACGAGGCAUCAACCCUUUUUCUAAAUUAGGACGCUAAGAGAAAUUUGAUAAUUAGUGAAAAUAUCUUGAUAGGGACAGGGGUUUAAUAGAAAAACAGACUCUCAGUCUUAGGUUCAUAAAUCUGUUGUGGGGAGAGUUUCAUGUGUUCCAUACCAAACCAUAAAUUGAAUAAAUCAUCUGAUAUAUGUACAGUAUAUGAACUUGGCCCAUAAUGCAGUAGAUGCAGUAUUGUAGAUAUUAUUUUAUGUCUGCAUUAUAACGUGAAGCAAUCCAAGAAAAGAUUUUUAAACAAAGAAGACUUGCCUUUACCAAUGAAGAUUAAUUUAUUGUGAUUUAUUUCUUUUUAAGGUAUAGUUUAUUCCAGAUUGAGUCAUUACUGGAUUUUGAGGAAGUACAUUAAUUUAUAUCAUAAUUUUAAAUUAAAAUGUUGAAUUGCUAUUUUACUCUUGAGUUUGCACUGUACCAUCUGCAGAUGUAAUUGUAAUUAUCAUUGAGGCUGUUGUUCUCAUGAUACUUUUAAAAGUAAUUUCACAAUAUAUCUUUGAAGCUGAUGUCUAGAACCUACAAAUGAUGAAAUUUCUAUCAAAACCAGUUGGUAAUAUUAAACUUAAAUGUUUUCUCAACAAAGUUAAUGCCUUUGGCAGUUACUGUACGUAUAAAGAAAAUUAUUAUGACAAGUUGAAAUGGGUUUCUCUUAGUUUCUCUUUAUGAUGAGUAACAAAAAUCAGUCCAAUAACACUAAUAAAAUUUCCUGUAUUUGUCUUGCUUUUGUGCUUUCAAACAUAUAGAAAAAAUUGUGUCCUGAUAUUGUGUUUUCUGGUUAGAUCUGCACUACAGAUAUAUUGGUGCUAGAUAGGAAGCAACUGAUUCAUUAUGUAUUUUGUUAUUUUCCCCAGCAAAAGAUUUUUACAGAUUGUUAAUAUCAUCUUGUGAGUCAGUGUUUAUUGUAAAGUUUUAAUAUUUAAUGUGGAUAACUUUUAAAAUAAAUUACUUCAGAGACUGAGGGUAUAUAUUAGCUAUUUGUACUCACACAGCCAAAACUGUUUUGUCUAUAAAUGAUUUGUAUGAUAUUUAAAGUAAAUUAAUUUGGUCUUGUAUGGCAGCAAACUGAAGAUAGAAACAUUAGGAUAUUUUAUAUAUGAUACUUUUACACACCUCAAAUAACUGUUGAGAAAUAGGAUGAAAACUACUACUCUAUGUAAAGGUUUUACCAGUCUUUUCUCGAUAAACAUAAUCAACAAAAUUAGUAUUACCUUAAAGACUUAAAAUAUUUCUGAUCUGUUUGUACCACUCAACCUUUCAAUGUUCACAACAGAUAUAUAAACCAUUUUUUCUUUCAGUUACUGUAUGUAUCUCUCUCUCUCUUUCUUUAUGCAAUCAUUGGAAUAUUUAAGUUAUAGGUCUGGAGUACUGUUUUAUACAGUAAUACCCCGAUUUACGCGGUCAAUUGAACCCACGGAGGUCCGCGUAAAACGAGAAACGUAUAAAUGGAAUAACAGAACAUAUGGGAUUAAUUGAAAUAGAGA